UUAUCAUUAUUUAAUAUAAUAUUUUAGACUUCAUUUACUAUCAGAUUGGUUUCAAUUAUUAAGUCAAUGCGGUGAUGCAUGUCUACAACAAUUCUAUGAUCCAUUAAAUAAUUGUUUCCGACAAGAGAAACUUAAUCAAUUUAUUGUCAAUAUUUUAGAGUCUGUUAAAGAUUUUGAUUUCGCUCAUUUGGAACCGGCAUUACUCAAAGGACUUGCUGGUGUUUAA